AUGGCCAGCACCAACCCCUCCCUUGACAAGCCGACGGCGCAGGCCAAAGCGAAGGCCGGCCCGCACAUGCCCCGCGCGUCCCUCGUCAAGGCCUUGAACCACAUGUGGAUCGAUACCAACUUCCACCACCUCCCGGACAACAUCACGUACGAGCUGUAUCCACAGCCUUCUCGCGGCUUCGGGGCCCAAGGCUCGUACCUCGUCCGCUUUCCGCCAGGGUACGAUGCCGAGACCACCGAGCGAUACCCGGUCCUGUACUGGCUCCACGGGGGUAUGAGCAACCAGACACAGGCGCUGGGCGCGCUCGAGUUUUACGGUGCCAAGAUGGACGACGGCGCGAUGCCAAAGACCAUCGUCGUCGCGGUGCAGGCGCUCCCUGUUGGAUGGUACGCCAACUCGCGCGACGGGUCCCGGCCCAUCGCGACCAUUUGCGCGUCCGACCUCGUGUCGGCCGUUGACGCGCGGUACCGCACCGUCCGGCACGCGUCUGCGCGCUGGAUCGAGGGCUUCUCGAUGGGCGGGUACGGCACGCUGCACCUGGGGUUCUCGUACCCACAGGUCUUUGGCGUCCUGUCGUCUAUCGCAGGCGCCCUCCUCCCGCGUCUCGACCAGGAACCAGCCGAGCGCGUCGACGACACAUUCUUCAAGAGCCAGGAAUACUAUGACCAGUGCCACCCGUCCAACUUGCUCGUGGCCAACCGGGCCCGGCUGGGCGCGACGGUCGUGCGCCUCCUCAGCGGCGCGGACGACGGGCGACUCACAGAAGCGAUUGCACGGAUGGCCACCGUCAUGGACCAGGUGGGCAUGAGACACAGGGCCGUCGAGGUCCAGGAUGUAGACCACGACUAUGAGGCCAUCCUCCUGGGAUGUGGCGAGUAUGCGACGAGUUUCUGGGCAGAGGCGCGUGGCAGGGUGGUGGUAGAGUAG